AUGUCCAGCGGCAAUGUGGAACUCCUGGGCGACAGUGUGGAAAUCCUGGAUUACGAAGCCGAGGGCGAGGCUCCCACUGCAGAGCAGUUUCCCGCGGCCGGUGCGGGAGACGAGAGCCGCCCCAUGCCCAUCGUGUUCACCGUCGAUAAUUUGCUGGCCAACAUCGCCACGGCAGAUUCGGCGGAACUGGAGCGGGCCUACAACACUGGACACGCGGAAGCACGGGAGAAGGCGGAGCGCGAGGACGCAGAGCACGAGGAGGAGCGUGAGGCUGCUCUGGCUGCUGCGGCGAGGAAGCAGGAGGAGGAGCGUGAGGCUGCUCGGGCUGCUGCUGCGAGAAAGCAGGCGGAGGAGCGUACGGCUGCUCUGGCGGAGCGCGAGGCGUAUCUCCAAGCUGCUAGGGCGAAGCAGGGGGCGCUCCGAUCGCGGCUGGAGGACCUGGAGCCCCGCCACCAUGACCCGCGAGCAGCAACUUUUCCUUCGCCCUACCCCCGUCGUCGUAUUAUCGUCCCUCCCCAAUCGCAAUCCCAGGUGCCCGUUGGUUUCCGUAGUACCGCCUCUACGCACGAGAAGGAGCGGGAGGUGGCGGUUACUCCGGCGAACGAGAAGGGGCGGGAGGUGGCGGCUACUCCGACGAACGAGAACAGGCGGGAGGGGGCGGCGACUCCGGAGGUUUCGGUGGCGUUGGGUCUUCCGGUCGGUGCUGAAGACGGAGCAUCGUUUGCGGCCGCAACCAUAGGGCCCCUUCACGCCCUGCACAUGUUUCUGGAGGGGACAAGGACUACAGUCGGUCGGCGGCCCCUGCGUCUAAGAGCUGGACGGACGACCACCGCCGCUCCACCCAGUCUUCGCGAGGGCGCAGCACCGGAGAUGGCAGGCGAAGGCAAGUCGUGGGGACCCAGCCUACCAGGUCUUCGCCGGCGAGCCACCACCGCCAGAGCAGGAGUCGGAGCGCAGAACGUCAACAGCGCACCAAUCAUUCGUCUAGGCGUGGGCGCAGCCGGAGCGGAGACCGUCGUGGGAGAAACACGCCUUCGUCUAGGCAUAGCCGCAGCCGGAGCCAGAACCGGAGCGGGGGCAACAGCAGGACGACCAGCACUGACAGCAGUCGCGGCGGAAAAGGGGGACGGAAGUCAGGCCACGGCAACAGGCAAGUGAUGCAUGAUCGG